AUGGGAAAAAGUGGAUCUGGUAAAACUUCCAUGAGAUCUAUCAUUUUUGCUAAUUAUAUUGCCAGAGAUACAAAUAGAAUAGGACCAACAGUUGAUGUGGAACACGCCCAUGUGAGAUUUCUUGGCAACCUUGUUCUUCAUUUAUGGGAUUGUGGUGGUCAGGAAAUGUUUAUGGAAAAAUAUUUACAUUCUCAAGCUGAACAUGUAUUUAAGGGUGCCUCUGUUUUAAUUUAUGUUUUUGAUAUUAAUUCAAAAGAUGAAAAAGAUUAUUGUUAUUAUAAAAAAUGUAUUGAAGCAUUGUUAAAAUACUCUCCAACAGCUCAUAUAUUUUUACUUUUACACAAAAUCGAUUUAGUUGAUUUUAAUAGUAGAGAAAUUGUUUUUAAAAAUAAAUUACAAAAAAUUUUAGAUGAAACACCUAUUAUGAAAGCUAAUGAAAAAAAAGAAUUGGAAAAAUUUUGUUUUAUGUCUUCAAUAUGGGAUGAAACAUUAUAUAAGGCUUGGUCAAAUAUUGUUCAUAAAUUGGUACCUUCAAUUGAUCGUAUGGAAAAAUUUUUAAUACAAUUUGGUGAAAUAAUCGAAGCCAGUGAAAUAUUACUUUUUGAGAAGGCAACAUUUUUAGUUAUUGCAAAAGCUGAAAUUGAGAUGCAUGAGGAUACACAGAGAUUUGAAAAAUUAUCAAAUAUAAUUAAACAAUUUAAGCUAUCUGUUUCUAGAAUAGGAUCAACAUUUGAUUCUCUCCAAGUACGCCAAGAAGAUUUUGCCCUUUUUAUAAGUACAUUUACAGAGAAUACAUAUAUUAUGGUUGUUGUACCUGAUGGAAGUAUAUCUACAGCAACGAUGCUUGUAAAUAUUAAUAGUGCAAAAAAACAAUUAGAAUUGGCUUUGGCUAAGAAUGGAGAGACACUUGAUGAUAAAUUUUAG